AUGGACGCGUCGCAUGACCGCAUCGUCGUCGCAGUCUACUUCGACGAACUUCAUAAUUGGGAAAUGUACCAGGUGCAGUCGCCCUACAUUCACGCACCACGGCCCCGCUUGCACACGGAGAGCUUCAGAACCAUCCUUGAGGGCGAGUGGAGCAUGGAGAAGUAUUACAGCACGAGCUGCUCGAGCGAGAUGACGACAAACGAGCACUCCGAGACUGUGCGUCCGGCUGAACAGUCCACACCGUGGACAGGAGAGAGCAGCGUGGAAUGGAAUCACGCGGCAUUCCCCUACGAAGAGCAGUGGCGCCACGUCCAGAGGGAGAUACAAUACAGUGCUCUUUGCGGGACUCACAGCUACGAUCAAAACGGGAUACAGGAACACCGCUACGAAGGCUGUUGGAAUGAGUAUAUCCGUCCCAAUGGUCUUGUUACCUCUGACAUUGACAUGCACUCUCAUCGCGGCGGAGUGCAUCCUGUGGAAUCCGGCGCAAGCCAGGUGGACGGAUACUAUACGCAAGAGGACCAUCAUCCGAACACAAAUGUGGGGUGGUACCUACUUCCCACGAGAGAUGGCUGGUACUACGGGGAUGAGACACGCCGCCGUAGCGAACAAAUGCAGUGGGCACAGUGUCGGCAGGAGAUACGGAAGAUAGAGAAUGGCGGGGUCUACCAGGAGGGCCGACACCGAGCUGAAUACCUUCAACGCGAGGUAGAAGCGCAAGGGUGGAUCUCCGAGGGCAAUUCGCCUUCGGAGGUUGGCUGGUAUCCGCUACCAGGAGGUGGGCGAUACUGGGGAAACAAGGACCGACACCACGGCGAGGAGCCCCCGGUACAGUGUCAAGUGGAAGGUGCAUGGGACAACGAUGUGAAGAAAAGCUUCAACGAUGCGCAUUCGAGAGAUACUACCCCUGACAACGAGCGGCAGCGGGAAUUGAUGUGCAACCAGGUGACGCUUGCUUGUGAAGAUAAUCACGAGCCUGUACCCUUCGUACAACACAGGAUGUUCGAGCAAAGGACACCCUCAAGGCCUGUGCUAGGGCCUAUGAAAGGGCUGGUGGACAUUGUCAGAGCUCUGACGGGGCAGACACCCCUCGCGUCGGGUGAGCAUACUGCGGACUGUCACGAGGAGGGGCACAUACCUGACGAGGAAGACAUUCCGGAAGAGGAGGCGUCACGGUCGAUUGAGCCUUCCACAGAAGUCCGAAUGAACAGCGUACUUGUAAUAGCAAGCCCGCGUAACACAAAGCGCACCGAUACCUGUCCAUACACACGUCGACGGCGCUGCUUCCAGUCACGGUUUGGUCAUCGCCUCCGUGAUGGGUGUUGA